CAGAUCGCUUUCGAGCUACAACGCGCGCACUUCCGCCCGUACUAGGCGCAGCAUGUGACGUGGCAGAUCACGCUGGCAACUGCGUGACGUUCCACCGUCAGUGUCUGAAGAGCGACUUGCAGUAAAAAAAGGUCAUUUAAACAUGUCUGAGAAAGAUAGCAAUGAAAGCACCAGGGCUAGCAGCCAGGCCCAGGAUGAGACAGGGGAUGCAUCAUCCAGUGAAAACAACACCAAAGAGGAAAAGAGGACAGACUCAGAACCAGUGGCCAUUACCCGCAAACGCCCAGAGGCCAAGUCUAAUUGUGCGACAGCAGAAGAGGAGAACCAGAAACCAGCAGAGAAACAUGAUACGGAUUCUGAAGCCAAAUCUCCUUCUGGAUGGGGCUACUGGGGAAACUGGGGCAAAUCUUUAAUAUCUACAGCUUCAGCAACUGUGGCUACCGUGGGCCAUGGGAUUACUACUGCUAUAGAAAAAGCUGAGAGUUCCCUUGGAGUUCCUAGUCCGGUUGAGCUAUCCGUAAGAAGCCAAGAAGAGACUGCAGCAGAAGCAGGUGCAGCUUUUGGACAGAGUGAUGAUGCCAAAGACAACGAGAGCUCAUCUCCAAUAACAGGAGCACUGGGAUUCUUAUCCAGCAUCUCAACUGCAGUGCAGAGCACAGGGAAGACUGUUCUCACUGGUGGGCUAGAUGCUCUGGAGUUUAUUGGGAAAAAGACCAUGGACGUUAUUGCUGAGGGAGAUCCAGGCUUUAAGAAGACCAAAGGACUUAUAAAUAGAAACUCUACUUUAUCCCAGGUUCUGCGAGAAGCUAAAGAACAAGAGGAGUUGCGUGUAAGCAGUGAUUUUAGUGCAGAGACAGUUCAAAAGGCACACUAUGGGUUGUUGUUUGACGAGUAUCAGGGCCUGGCUCAUCUGGAGGCUUUGGAACUGUUGUCUAAAGAGAGUGAUGCAAAGACUAAAGCAAUUCUUAGCUCACUGUCGGGGGAGGAGCUGGCAGAAGUAAAGGCGGAGCUAGAACCGCUAAAGGAAGCAUUCUCAUUGGAGGAGUUUGAUGACGAAGAGGAGUUGGAAAAAGGCGAUGAGGAGUUCACCCAUGAGGUAACCGCACUUUUCGAAGAAUUGCAAAUCUCUGCACGGCCACUCAGACUAACCAAGGCCCGGAUAGAUGCCUAUAAAUGGAUGGCUGAUGUAGAGGAAGAGGAAAAGAAAAGGAAGGAGGAACAGGCUAAACCUGAAGAUGCUGAAGUACAAGGGAAAACCAGUGUGGAGGAUAUCCAUGAAUUUUCUAUACGCAGCCUGGCAAAAUUGACCGCCUGCUCCAUGGAAAUGUUUCACAAAGCAGCCACCCUGAUUUUGCACGGGGAGUUCUCAGUAGCUGCUACUACACGAGGACAAGCACUUUCCCAGAUGACUAUCUUGCUAUGCAAAGAGCUCACACAGCUUUCAAAGAGACUAACCACCCUCCUGACAAUAACAGGGGCUUCAGAAAAGUCAGAUGUCCUGAACCCAUUAAUUACAGGAGUCUUCCUAGAGGCUUCUAACAGUGCUUCCUAUAUCCAAGACGCAUUCCAGCUCCUUCUGCCAGUACUUGAAUUCUCCCACAUCCAGAGCCGGACAUAACCUUCGCGUUAACAUUUCCAAAUAUCAGUUAUUUUGUAUUUGGACUCUGCUGCAAUAAACUGGUUUAUCCAGUUAUCUUUUUUCUAGGUCUCUGGAAAAGGUGGAGCAGGUUUUUAAAGGGGAAGUUUCUUCGUUCAGGCAUACACACUGUUUCAGCAAAGUGGCGGAGGCCUAAAGAGUGUUGUAAGUGUUUGCGUUCAGUGUUGAACCUACGCUAAAGAAGGUGUCAGUAUAUCAUCCUUUUUUGGUGUGUGAGAUAAAAAGGUAUAUUCCAGUCAAAUCAUAAUCAUAUUUCUUGCUGAUAACAACAAGACCCAGGGUGGGUCACUAAUCCGCUUUUUUUUACCUUAUCAACCCUGCUCUUUGCUAGGUCUCCCUAGUCUCCCACUAUGGCUAAAAGAGGAAUUUGCUAUACAGUGAGCCAACUCUUAAAGGACCAGUAACAGUAAUUUUUUUUUUUUUUUAAAUUAGUUUCUUUUUAACGAAAAAAAACACCAACACAGUUUAAACUUUUAAUUCGC